CGAACGUCAGAAUAUUUUCUGUAUCAGCUUUUCAAUCGUGUCGAUCCGACGGUUUCUCUGCCGGACGAUUGAAUCGAGUUGUGCAAAGUUGUUUCUCCCUUGAAAUAGCUCAAAAAUAAAGCUAUAAAAUGCGAAUCUUAGUUAAAAUUGCUAUUCUAAUAGCGAUAUCGUUGUGCCUAUUUCAACAUGUACAAAGUCAGGCAAAAGGCAGAGGCUCUCAAACGCUCUCAGAGAAAGUCCAACAGCUAUUGGACAUGAACGCCAAAAGACCUGUGAUGCGCUUCAACGGGAACCGUUAUCGGGAUUUUAUAAAAUCUGUUCCUCGCAACUAUUCGGUUGUUGUCAUGUUCACAGCAAUGGCUCCGGCUAGACAGUGUGUAAUUUGCCGACACGCACACGAUGAAUACACGAUAGUAGCAAAUUCCUACCGAUACUCCCAGACGUACUCGAAUAAGCUGUUCUUCGCGAUGGUUGAUUUUGAUGAAGGCUCGGAUGUUUUCCAAAUGCUCCGUCUCAAUACGGCUCCCGUUUUUAUUCACUUCCCACCGAAAGGAAAGCCGAAAGCGGCAGACACUAUGGAUAUCCAACGGGUCGGUGUCUCGGCUGAAGUGAUUGGCAAGUGGAUCCAGGAACGUACCGACAUUCAAAUCAGAAUCUUCAGACCCCCGAACUACUCGGCCACUGUCGCCGUUCUUAUGCUGACUGCGUUCGUCGGUGGGUUCUUGUACCUGCGGCGGAACAAUCUAGAUUUCUUGUAUAACAAACAGAUGUGGGGCUUUUUGGCUGUUAUGUUCUGCUUCGCAAUGGUCUCCGGUCAAAUGUGGAACCAUAUUCGAAGCCCACCAUUCGUUCAUAAGAGCCAGAACGGAGGGAUAGCAUAUAUCCACGGCUCGUCUCAGGGACAGCUGGUGAUCGAGACUUACAUUAUCAUGUUCUUGAAUGCCAUGAUUGUUGUUGGCAUCAUUCUGCUCACAGAGUCAGGGUGGCAAACGGAAGCACGCAAAGGUAAAAUCACCGCUGUUGUGGGCUUGGUACUGGUCGCUGUAUUUUUCUCAUUCAUCCUUUCGAUUUUCCGUUCGAAGGCACAAGGAUAUCCUUACAGCUUUUUAUUCAAAUAAAUUUGGAGUUCCACUUCUGUUGUUUUGGGGUGCAAUCCAGACGUUGAAAAAUUGGUGGCUAUUUAGUUGGAUUGCUAUACAGUGCGCAACACCAAUAAUUUGACUGGAACCAUGCUGUGUGUGGAAAUAGUUUGAGAGCAAACGUGUAUUGUUCGGCUAAACGAAACCAGAUCGAGUUUAUAGUGAGAAUAAAAUAGUGCGAAGGUUAUUGCGUGCUUAAACAACAUCAACAAUUUAAUUGUUUAUUUAACAUGAACAUAUUUUCAACUGUGAUAAAUUGAGAAAAGAUCUGAUUUUUGUUUUUGUUUCGCUCAAGUUGUUCUGUUACUUCAAUGCAACUGUGAAGCUACAUUUCGCUAUGAAGUGAUAUUUGUGGUGAAAAACUACGCUACAAAUUCUACAAAAAAAAAACAGGUUAAAAUUUAUCUUUGUUUGAAUUCAUCUCUGUUUCAAUCGCGGCAUAUAAUUAGGAUUUGAUCACCACAUGGGCAGAAAAAGUACUAUAUCCAUUACCUGUUCAAUAAAAAAUUGUGUGUUUUUCCUAUCGUU